UGUUUUGUGUGUUGCGUUUAGUUUUCAGAUUUUUCUGUUCGUUUGACGUUUGAUUGCAUCGAUUUCAAACUUUUGGACGAAAGUGUCUCCUGUUGACAGCGUGACGACAACCAAUCACAACACACACAAUAUAGCUGUUUCAUUCGUACACGAUGAUCUCAUUGUAUCACAACAUUCUUCUGUAGCUAACGCUUCGAUUUGUUUAUCCUUGUGUGUUUAUUUGUUGAAUGCGAACACCAGCAAAACGUUGACAGUGUGUUAGUGUGCCAAACUAACGCUGUGGAAGAAGCCAGUCGCGCAAGAUGCGGUUGCGUUAUGUUGUAGCUUCGAUUGAUGCAAAAGAAAGAGUGCUGAGUUUAUUUGAAUACAUCAGGUUGCACGUUCGGUAUAACAAGACGCGGUCUCGCACUACUCUUUUGCAUGGUGAUUGUUGUUUAAGCGUGGGAAACAAACACAAUUCGGAACGAUGACGAACGUUUUCGUGACCGAUUUGAAAGCGAUGUGCGGUGCACUGUUACAUGCUCUAUGGAAAAUUGAACGCUCCGAAAAUCCUGAUGUUAUCCCAAUUGAUUUGGCGCAAGACAUUUUGGGUUACCUCGGAUCAUUUCGCGAGCAUGAGGCUAUGCUUAAUGAAUUGGUACAUGUGUCAGUCGAAGAAUCAAACAAACCGAACGGCAAUAGCGAGGAUCAUUCAUCGAAUAUUUCUCCGGAACCCACUAAAGGAGGAGAAGGCGUGGAAGACAAAAAAGUGGUUUCGAAUGAUGCUGCCGAGCAAAACAAUGUGGUUGACGUAGGAAUGAAUGAGGAGGAGAAAGUUGAUGACCAUCCAACUUUGAAUGCAGUCGAUGAGACGGCUCAAAAUGAGCACAUUGCCAUCGAAGAACAUCCAUCGAAUCCACAAACCAUUGGCGAAGAAAUCGAUGCAACCACGGUCAAUGAUACCAGCCACGCGGUAGCGCUGUUGACGCAUGCCAUUGACCAAUUGGAAGAUAUGAACAAAAAAAACUGCGCAGUCCAUGAGACGGACAUUCAAAACGAACCAGAUGAAAUUACUAUUCAAGCUGAAGUUGUUGUGACAACCACACAAGAUGAAGCACAACUCGGUGUUCCCAAACGAUCAAAGAGAAAGGCGCAGUUCAAAGAGGAAGUGGAAAAAUUUUUGCAACGAAGACGUAGCCUGGAUUAUGGCAUGUUAAAGAAUGGCGCUACUUCGCAUUCAGACAUCAGCUCGUCAAACGAUGGCAUUACAAAAGACCUUAAAAUGUCCGUUACGUCAUCGCAUGAAGCCGUCAUCGAAUCAAAAAACGUUGUGAAAUCAAUGAAAAACCGCCAUUCAUUAUCGCGCAAAACGAUUUGCGUACAACGUCCCAGAAUGAGAUUGGCUGAAUUGAACGAUGACAAAUUGGUGAACAUCGUACAUCGAAGAAAUACCGACCAGCGCAUGUACGUGAAAAACGAAGAUUUCCACAAGAAAUGGUGCGGAUUAUGCAAGAAACCCCAAAAGCAUUUCGUACCUCACUUUGUUCGUGAACAUCCCGAAUCGGAAAUUCCGAUCUCUCGACCAUCGCCCACAAUGGCAAACCUGCUACGGCAACAAGCCCAGAAAUUCACGCAACACAAAGGUAGUUUAACUGGCAUCUGUUUGUUCUGUGAAGAAAGCAAAUCGCUGCCGAAAUACAGAUGGGUUGUCCAUUUCUUGGUUCACACCGGUGAAAAGAUGUUCCGAUGCGAAACAUGCGAUGCAACAUACAAACAUAAGACGGAGCAUACAACGUGCCGCCAAGAGCCGGUCAAUAUUCAUUCGGGACGCGAUUCCGUCAUGGGUUUCAUCUGCAAGGAUUGCAAUUACACUCAGCUUUACCGCGGUAAUAUCAUCAAGCACCUGGAAAAUGAACACGGAUACGUGGGACCAGAAGAAAAGUGCCACUACGAAAAGGUUCAACUGGUUCCCGACCUGGAACGCAUCAAACCGAAAUAGUCGCACCAAGAAGAUGACGAUCGACCAAAUAUCUCAUGCUAGCAACAACCAAACGUACAACACGUAUCCAGAAUUCAUAUUUUUUUCAUCUCUUCAUUAACAAAUGAAGGAGCAUUCAUAUUUUUCUCCAACAAAAACUUGAAAACUCUAUAACAGUCAACAUAAAUACAUAAGCACAAAAUACAUUUAAACUCUAUACCCCCAUAGCAUGGUCAUUAGGCAUUACUGUAACGAAAUAAAAUAUAAGACACAACAUUGAAUUUGAAUAAACAUUAAAA